UUAAAUUAGUCGAGUUAUCAGCCUCCACGGCGGCAGGUGUGCGGAAGGUUUUCGGAUCGGAUCGGUAGUGCUCUCUAUAUGUGGAGUACCCCAGUACUCGUACUCGUACCCCCCUGAUUCAGCCUAUGAAUGGCCCUCGUGGAGCGGAAGUGGUUACGUGCGAAGGUGUAAAAUGACCCGUUCGGCUUGGGAUUUGCAGUUUUUUAGGAAGUGAAAAGCCACGAAUGUAUUUCCCUCGAUUAUAAUACGGUCAUUUUCGGUCUUGACAUGCCCGCUAUGCGUGUCCCGCACUCAAGUGCCCCAUCACAAUCGAAGCAUACAUAAUCCGCGACAAUUGCAACCGAACACAACCAAUUUAUAGCCGCAAUUAAAUCCUUGACCAUAAAUCAGGGAAUAUGGCCGGGGUAAUCAAAGUGUUUAACCCACAAGCAGCAACCGCAGCAACCGAUUUGAGAUAAAAGAGCCAGCGAAUAGCCACGGCUAAUAAAAGAGUAGCCAGAUACAGAUACAGAUACAUUAGCCCGAUCCGAACCAACGACAAUAUGGCCUGCUUUCCCCGACUUUUCCAUCAUCGCAGCAAAAACAAAUUCACCCCCGCCCAAGAUGAGAACACCGAUACGAUACUCAACACACAAGAUAGUCCCGUGCAAAUUGGUCUGUACAUUCGUCGCGAGGAGAAGCCACUGUACUCGCCCAUAGUCACUCCAAGUGCCAGUGAGGCCAAACUUCAAAGGCUGAGACAGCAGUCGCCCGGCUCUCCCCCCUCCCACCUGCAGUCGGUGGCCGAAAAUGGAGGGGCAAACAAUGGCAACCUGGAGCGCAAGUUCCGCUCCAACAAGGACAAACUGCAGGAGUCGUCCUCGCUGGGCGGCAGUGCAAUUAAUGUCAUACGCUCAAGUUCGAAAUUAAAACCAGUCAAAGAGCGACGGGCCACCGCCCUGCCCUCCGAGGUGCCCAGCAUUGAGGUGGAGGAGGUGCAGCAGGAUCGGGAUGGGCAGGAGGAUCGGGAGGAGGAGGAGGAGCCGGCUGCUAAUGCACAUGCCAUCGAUGUCCUCGUUGGCGGCAAGUCAAAACUCAAAGUGAAUGUGAAUGGCAUAAUUGAUGAGGGCGUUGCCGAUGAGGAUGUCGCCACAGCCACAGCCACACCCUCACCCACACCCUCGCCCACAACACCUGUGCCCCGUGAGGGUCCUGUAAAGUUUUUCAUUGGUCACACGCAGGAACUAAGCGACCGGCAGACGGAUGACACCUUGUCCUGGCAGAGCAGCGAUGCCAAUAACAACAACAGCAGUGGCAGUGGAAGUGGUAGUAGUAGUCCUGCCGCCAUUAACGGCCAGCUGACAAAUGGCGUCCUGCCGCAGGACCAAAAGGAGCCGCCCCGCGCCAAGAGCUCCGGCAGCCUGUCACUCAAUUAUCUGGCCAAGAGCCAGAGCCAAAACCAGCUCCAGAUCCCGCCGCAGCCGGACAACCAGCGCCGCCGACGUGUGUCCACCAUGCCCGAUAUUAACAUACCGCCGGCACCGCCGCUGCCCCCGGAACUCCUCGUACCCGGAACGCCCCUCCACUUGAGGAAGAAGCGGAGCGUGGAGCGCUCGCAGGACCUCCUGCAGGAUGCUUCGAACAGUCGGGAUGAAAUAGCAAAACCGGAGGAGGGCGGCGAGACUCAGAAAACCAGCGAUUCCCCAACUCCAAAGACCCAUCGCGUGGAAGGUGGCCUCAUCUAUGUCCGUCCCAAUUUCCCCAUUCAGGGCGACAUUGAAAUCGAAUUUAUUGCAAAGGACGAAGCCACACGCAAUCUCAUACGAACGGCCAUUGAGCGCAAUGAUUUCCUCAAUAAUCUAAUGGACAAGGAGCGCAAAGAGAUGGUUAUCAAUGCAAUGGCGCCGGCCAGCUACAAGAAGCACAGCCUCAUCAUCCACGAGCACGAGGAGGGCUCCGAGAUAUAUGUGUCCGCCGAGGGGCAGUACGAUGUCAUCCGUGGGGGCCAGCUGGUGGCCAACUUCGGACCGGCCACCGUCUUUGGCGAACUGGCCAUCCUCUACAACGCCCCUCGACAGGCCACCAUACAGGCUGCCACCGAUGCACGCGUUUGGAAAAUCACACGCGAAACCUUCCGGGCUAUCAUGCAAAUCUCUGGCUCCAGGGAGCGCGAGGAGAACCUUCAGUUCCUGCGGUCGGCACCGUUUUUACAGGAAUUCGACCAGAGUCUGCUGCUCAAAGUCGUAGAUCUCCUGCAAAGGAAAUUCUACGAGACCGACAGCUGUAUAGUGCGCGAAGGCGAGGUGGGCAACGAGUUCUAUAUCAUACGGUGCGGAACCGUGACCAUAAAGAAGCGGGAUGAGCAGCAGCAGGAGCAGAUUGUGGCCAAGCGGAAGCGGGGGGACUACUUCGGGGAGCAGGCCCUAUUGAACGCGGACGUUCGACAGGCCAGUGUUUAUGCCGAUGCUCCGGGCACCGAGGUCCUCAUGCUGGACAGAGAAGCUUUCAUAAGCUAUUUGGGAACCAUCAAACAGCUGCGCGAGAAGCCCAGCAGCCAGCGUAGCGAUACGAGCGGUCGAUCUAGUAACAAGUCCCUGGAAUUCGACAACGAAUACUCCCAGGUGGCCAUAUCGGAACUCAAGAAGAUAGCCACUCUGGGCUGCGGAGCCUUUGGCCGCGUGGAUCUGGUGGCUCUCGGCCAGCAGGCUUUGGCCUUGAAGAUCAUAAAGAAAAUCGAGGUGGUCAAACAAGAUCAAAUAGAGCACGUUUACAACGAGAAGAACGUAAUGAUUAAGUGCCGCCAUUCGCCCUUCAUAGUACAACUCUACCGCACGUACCGCAAUGACAAAUACGUUUACUUCCUAAUGGAGGCGUGCAUGGGCGGUGAUGUAUGGACGGUGAUGUCAAAGCGCCAGUAUUUCGAUGAGAAGACCGCUAAAUUUAUAGCGGGCUGUGUCGUCGAGGCCUUCGAUUACUUGCACUCGCACAACUUUAUUUACAGAGACUUGAAACCAGAGAACCUGAUGCUGGGCACGGAUGGCUACUGUAAAUUGGUUGAUUUUGGGUUUGCCAAGUUUGUGCGGCACAAUGAGAAGACCAAUACAUUCGCCGGAACUCCCGAAUAUGUAGCCCCCGAGAUUAUUCUGGAUCGUGGACACGAUCGAGCCGUGGACUACUGGGCAUUGGGAAUUCUAGUGUACGAACUGCUAGUGGGUAAAACCCCCUUCAGGGGCGUUAAUCAGAUCAAGAUCUAUCAGCAAAUCCUCAGUGGCAUCGACGUUAUCCACAUGCCAUCGCGAAUACCCAAAUCCGCCCAGCAUUUGGUGCGGCAUCUCUGCAAGCAACUUCCGGCUGAAAGACUGGGAUACCAACGCAAGGGAAUCGCCGAUAUCAAGCGGCACAGCUGGUUCGAAAGUCUGGAUUGGCAGCGACUGAAACUCAAGCAAUUGCCCUCCCCCAUCAAGAGACCCCUGAAAAGUUGGACGGACCUGCAAUAUUUCGGGCCAUCGGGUGUGGAAAACGACUACGAACCACCGGAGGAAUUGAGCGGUUGGGAUAAAGACUUUUAAAGCUGAGCAGUAAAUUAUGUACAAUUUCGGAUAUUAGUUUAAAGAUUUCUUUUGUAAUUUUGGGUAUUACCCGCGUAGCAGCCAUAACAACCUCGUAUUAAUUACUAGCUUCGAAACUAAGUCCUAUUAACCAUUUGUUACAUAUUUUAUUCUAAUGCUAAGAGCUGUAGUUGUAAGAUGUAAAGUACACUUUAAAUUGACUAAAUUAAACAUGAACAAUUAUAUCACCAA